GCGGGGCCACGUCGCGCAUGAGUAUUGCGGACGUCGCCAUUCUUGGCCCUUGGCGAAACGGCGUCUCACCUGCUCCUGAGGGCUGUCGGUGGCUUUGCUGCAUCCAUUGUCGCGCCGUGGCCUGUAGGUACUGACAUCAGUAGGGAGGACACCGGGACUUCCCGAACGCUGGGAAAUGAACUCAGUCUCCUUUGAGGACGUGGCUGUGAACUUCACCCUGGAGGAGUGGGCUUUGCUGGAUUCUUCACAGAAAAAGCUCUACAAAGAUGUGAUGCGGGAGACCUUCAAGAACCUUGUCUGUCUAGGAAAAAGGUGGGAAGACCAGGAUGUUGAAGAUGACCACAGAAACCUGGGGAGAAAUCGAAGAGGUCAUAUGGUUGAGAGACUCUGUGAAAGUAGAAAAGGUAGCAAAUGUAGAGAAACCACUAGCCAGAUGCCAAACGUUAACAUGAACAAGGAAACUUUUACUGGAGCAAAAAGACGUGAAUGCAGCUUUUGUGGGAAAGACUUUGUGCGUCAUUCAUCCCCUAAUAAGCACAUGAGAUCUCACACUGGUCAAAAACCAAAUGAGUAUCAGGAAUAUGAAAAGCAACCAUGUGAACAUAAAGUGCUUGGGAAAGCCUUCACUUAUCACCAGUGUUUUCGGAAACAUGAAAGAACUCACACUGGAGGGAAGCCCUAUGAAUGUAAACAGUGUGGGAAAGCCUUUAUAUAUUACCAACCUUUUCAAAGACAUGAAAGGACUCAUACUGGAGAGAAACCCUAUGAAUGUAAGCAAUGUGGAAAAACCUUUGUAUAUUACCAGUCUUUUCAAAAACAUGCUCAUACUGGAAAGAAACCCUAUGAAUGUAAACAGUGUGGGAAAGCCUUUAUAUGUUACCAGUCUUUUCAAAGACAUGAAAGGACUCACACUGGAGAGAAACCCUAUGAAUGUAAACAAUGUGGUAAGGCCUUCAGUUGUCCCACUUACUUUCGAACUCAUGAAAGAACUCACACUGGAGAAAAACCCUAUAAAUGUAAAGAAUGUGGUAAAGCCUUCAGUUUUCUCAGUUCUUUUCGAAGGCAUAAAAGGACUCACAGUGGAGAGAAACCGUAUGAGUGUAAAGAAUGUGGAAAAGCCUUCUUUUAUUCUGCAAGCUUUCGAGCACAUGUAAUAACACACAGUGGAGCACGACCUUAUAAGUGUAAAGAAUGUGGGAAAGCCUUCAACUCUUCUCAUUCCUGUCGAGUGCAUGAAAGAAAUCAUAUUGGAGAAAAACCAUAUGAAUGUAAACAAUGCGGCAAAUCAUUUAGUUGGUCCAUUUCUCUUCGAAUGCAUGAAAGAACUCAUACCGGAGAGAAACCUUAUGAAUGUAAACAGUGUCGUAAAGCCUUCAGUUUCUCAAGUUCGCUUCGGGAACAUGAAACAACUCACACUGGAGAGAAACCCUAUGAAUGUAAACAAUGUGGGAAAACCUUCAGUUUUUCAAGUUCCCUUCAAAGACAUGAAAGGACUCACAAUGCAGAGAAACCCUAUGAAUGUAAACAGUGUGGGAAAGCCUUCAGGUGUUCAAGUUAUUUUCGAAUUCAUGAAAGAUCUCACACUGGAGAGAAACCCUAUGAAUGUAAACAGUGUGGAAAAGUUUUCAUUCGUUCCAGUUCCUUUCGACUGCAUGAAAGAACACACACCGGAGAGAAACCCUAUGAAUGUAAACAAUGUGGUAAAACCUUCAGUUUUUCAAGUUCCCUUCGGGAACAUGAAAAAAUUCACACCGGGAAUAAACCUUUUGAAUGUAAACAAUGUGGUAAAGCCUUCCUUCGUUCCAGUCAAGUUCGAUUGCAUGAAAGGACUCACACUGGAGAGAAACCAUAUCAGUGUAAACAGUGUGGAAAAGCAUUCAUUUCUUCCAGUAAAUUUCGAAUGCAUGAGAGAACUCACACAGGAGAGAAACCCUAUCGAUGUAAACAAUGUGGGAAAGCCUUCAGAUUUUCAAGUUCUGUUCGAAUUCAUGAAAGAUCUCACACUGGAGAGAAACCUUAUGAAUGCAAACAAUGUGGAAAAGCCUUCAUUUCUUCCAGUCACUUUCGACUGCAUGAACGGACUCAUACUGGAGAGAAAGCCUAAGAAUGUAAGCAGUGUUCUAAAGCCUUCAGUUGUUCCAGUUCCUUCUGAAUACAUGAAAGAAUUCAUACUGGACAGAAGCCGUGUGAAUACAAAUAUUGUUUUGAAGCCCUUGAUUUUUCUAGUUUCUUUUGAACACAUGAAAGAAUUCCCCACUGGUGAAAAACUACAUGAAUGUAAACAUUGUGAUUAAGCCUUCAGUUGACCUAAUUCAUUUCAAAGACAAGACUCCUGCUGUAGUGAAAUCUGUUUUUAAAAAAAUGGGCCAGGCACGGUGGCGCAUGCCUGUAAUCCCAGCACUUUGGGAGGCUGAGGCAGACAGAUCAUUUGAGGUCAGUUUGAGACAAGUUUGGCCAACAUGGUGAAACCCCAUCUCUACUAAAAAUUACCAAAAUAUUAUCCAGGCAUGGUAGUGCAUACCUGUAAUCUCAGCUACUCAGGAGGCUGAGGCAGGAGAAUUGUUUGAACCUGGGAGGCAGAGGUUGCAGUGAGCUGAGAUCAUGCCACUGCACCCCAGCCUGGGCAACAGAGCAAACCACUGUAUGAAGAAAAAAAAAAGAGCAGGAAAAUCUUCAACUGUCCUCUAGAGUGUGAAUAUAUGAAAGGACUCAGAGUGGGGGGAAAGUCUGUAAAUGUAAGAAAUUUGGGAAAGCUUUCACACAGCCUUUUGAGCACACAUGAGAAUGUAUACCGGAGAGAAACCGUAUAAAUAUUAAGAAUGUGGGAAAUUCUUCUUCCUGGUUUUUUUGUUGUUGUUGAUGAUGAUACAAAAGUAUUUUCAUUUAAUAAAGAUUGUCAGGUUAUAUUUAAUAAGACACAAAGUAUCACAUACACAGCCCAGUAAUAAAAGGUUAUGAUCUUA